AUUUUACCCGUGCUUGCCGGGCCAAGACUGGUAAGAGUAAUCGUCGUCGCGUAUGACUGCGCCUUUCGCCGGUUACAAUUUGUGACUAUAUGUUUCUUCAACUAUCUUUUCUAUGCUCUUAGAGAGAGAACAACUUCUGCUCAGCCGAUCACUGAUCAUGUCUGGGGAAGCUCUUGGAGAUCUGAAUGGGCACUCUAAUACUCUUGGCAAAAGUGAAAGUGCCAAUGGCGAGGACUUUGCUAAUACUCAUAAUGGACACAAGAAGCUUGAAGAAAAUCACAAAAUAGAGAAUGGUUCCAUUGUUGCAAAUCUCGUAAAUGGUGAACCAGGUGUUAAUUCUGUGGUUGAGGCAGGAACCUCUGAUGGACACAAGAAGCUUGAAGAAAAUCACAAAAUAGAGAAUGGUUCCAUUGUUGCAAAUCUCGUGAAUGGUGAUCCAGGUGUUAAUUCUGUGGUUGAGGCAGGAAACUCAGAGGUUGAUUAUAUUGAAUCAGAGAACUUGAGUGAUGUCGAAAAUUUGGAAAUGAGUCUCAAGACACUUAUGGAAGGACUAGGUUCUAAAGACUGGAUUGUGGUUUGUGAAGCUCUUAAUGACGUCCGUAGGUUGUCUAUAUAUCAUAAGGAGACACUCGCUGGCAUGUUGCAAGAAGUGAUUCCUAUGAUUGUAAAAUCCUUAAAAAAUCCAAGAAGUGCAGUCUGUAAGACUGCUGUAAUGACAUCUGCAGACAUAUUCACUGUCUAUAAUGAUCAGAUGAUUGAUGAGCUUGACCCAAUGCUUGUUCAGCUUCUUCUCAAGUCUUCACAAGACAAGAAAUUUGUAUGUGAGGCAGCUGUCAGAGCUUUAAUAGCAAUGACUACAUGGGUUACCCCAUCAUUAUUGUUACCAAAGAUGCAACCUUACUUGAAGCACAAAAAUCCUCGAAUUCGAGCCAAAGCUUCAUCGUGCUUUAGUCGAAGUGUCCCACGACUUGGAAUGGAAGGCAUGAAAACCUUUGGGAUUGACAAGUUGGUUCAGAUAGCAGCUUCCCAGCUAAGCGACCAGCUUCCUGAGUCGAGGGAGGCUGCUCGAACUCUUCUGGUAGAACUUCAAUUGGCGUACGAGAAAUCUUACCAGCCUCAAGUGGCUGAAUCAUCUGAAAACCCUGAAAUUUGUUCUUGGGAGCUCUUCUGUCAGUCAAAACUCUCUCCUUUAAAUGCACAGGCAGUUCUCAGAGUCACCAACGUUGCACGUGAAGGUAUCGUGGUGAGUUCCUAGCAUAUGCUUUAUGCAUAACAUCUUUAUUAUAUUGAGUACGAUUUGUUUUUUUUUUCUUCUCAAUCUUCUUCCUCCCUUUCUUUUGAUUGGUUGUUUGGUUCAAUGUUAAUUGUAAAUACCAGAAGAAAGCUUUAAAAUGUUUGGAAAGUUGGGUGAGGAUUUUAGUAGUUGUCAUUAUACUAGUAGUUUUUUUUACACACUGCUGCUAUUAGUCGGCAGUGAUUAUUUUUCAAGUGAGGUUCUUGAUAAUUCCCAGAAAGAAUGUUGUUAUGUUUUGUUCUUCCUGUGUUAAAUGUUUUUUUUUUUCAAGUACAAGAUAUCCAUUUUGGGAUUACAAUACAAAUUGUGACUAAGUGUCAACCUUUGAUCUA